CAGCGCACUCGAUUAAGAGGAGACUCGAUUUUGCACGAACUAUGGCCGAAUCCGGUGAAGGGGUGACCGCGUUCCUUGGGAUGAACGAAGACGUGUCCGACUUGGUCCGGCGACUUGUAAGCCCGGCCGCCGUCACUGAACUGGUCCUCCGAAACCACGUCGUCCCGCAACCUGAAAAGCUUCUCGAGCUGAUCGGCCGCUGCGUUCGCCUUCGGCGCCUGCACUGCGCGUCCUGCGCACUUCCUCCGAGCGAACUGUUCGAGGUGACCGUGGAACGGCUUCCGCAUCUGGAGGAGCUCGAACUGUCUCUCGUCGGCACCUUCGCAGCGAACACGGACGGCGAGAUUUGGAACCUGCACCGGAUAGCGUCGCGACGCGCCGCCAUCGUCCUGUCUCGCAGCUGCCUACGUCGCCUGUACGUUGAGGUCGGCGGCGACCACAACUUCGAGCUCCUCCGGGAGCUUUUAGGAUUCUACCCGAGGCUGACCGAACUGCACGUUCACGUCGUGCGUGGGGGAACCUUCUCGAAAGCUCUCUCGGUGUGUCUUCAUCUCCACAACAGUCUCCUCAAGCUGGAGUCCUUCACGUUCACCAGCGAACUGCCGCUUCCGUUUCCCUACGAGCCAGACUUGAGUUCGCCCUUCAGCGUCAUCGCAGCCGUCUGCGCCAACCUGCGUCACAAAUGGUCGGACGCCUCGUGGAGCAGCCUCGGACUCCUUGAAAUCGCAAACUCGGAUCGAAUCUCUGCUCUUCCCCCACAGAUGAUAAUAGUUGCCGUCUUGAACGACGAAACUGAGAGGCUGUUUAGUGCGGCGAGCCGCCCGCGUCUCUGGACGCACGUCCGCCAACUCUGUCUCCUGCUGCUUACGCCCAAUGCCGAGGAGCUCUUUUACCCUGCCGCAGGCGGUGCGUUCCGCGAAUGUCUUCGCAACUUCUUUAGCGUCGCCCUCGAACAUGUGGUCGAGCUCAACCUGAGUUCGCUCCACGUUCGUCCCAACCUGGACCUGAUGGAUUUGCUUCAGGAAAGGAUGCUGAAUACCCUGAAGGCGUUUUCUGUGCCGCCAUGCGCGUUUCGAAGCCAGUCCGCCGUGCGGCGCCUCGAAGCGAGUUGCCCAAACCUCGUAGACCUUGAUGUGCGCAUCCAAAGGUUACAGCGGCACUCCCUGUGCGCUUCCUGUGAGCUUCUAUUAAGCCCCGAAUGGAAUGAGCGGCCCCGGUCGAAACCCAAAGAGGGGUACUAUCGUUACAACGCAAUCGACAGGCUGACCCUGUGCGACGUCUCUUCCGAUGCACUGCUAUGGUUCCUCGAGUGUUACGGAGCUGCGGUUAGGCUUCGACUGGUGAAUUGGUGCUACUUCGAUAAGCUUCAUUACGGCCGUUUGUGCGAGCAUCUGGGCGAAAACGGCUCCAUCCGGUGCCUUGUCAUUCAGCAUCCUCACCUGCCAAUCCAGGAUGAGCUUCUUCAGGUCAGCUUGUCCCUCAUGGCCAGCCUCCGGCACUUGUGCCUUUUGACGUGGAUGCCCGUGGGCAACAUCGAGGCGCUGUUGUAUUUGGAUCAGAUCCUUGAUCGCGCACGUCAACUGGAGUGCGUCCACAUUCACUACAAGCACCACACCGAAGCCACCGAGCAGCGGGUCACGUGGCUUCGACGUGGCCAAGAUGGAGUCCUGUCGCGAGGAGGUCCCUGCAUCGCGUGCUGCUCGACGGCGACGUUCAUAGGAAUGGUCAAGCCGGUCAACCGCGACUGCGAGACUGUAUUUGUAGCAUGAGAUUGUGCAAUGCGCGUGUUCCAAUAGUAUUUCAUCCAAUCGCGGCUUCCGCUUCCGUCGUUGGACGUGUUUUAUAAUAAACUGUUAAGCAGGUUCAA